CGCUACAUUUCACCACCCCACACACACCACCUUCAAAAUAACACACAAACAAAACCCCCACAAACCACAUUUCCUCCUCAUCCUCCUCUGGUUUUCUCCAUUUUCUCAGAGCUCGAUUUCUCAGAAAAAUGCCCGCAAAUCAUUCACUUCCAGUUUCUCAGGAACAAUUAACAGAGCAGCCCGGGCUGCGCAGGCGGCUGUCGUCUCUGUCCCUGAAGCUCCAGCCCAUCUCUUCACCUGCAACCUCAUGGGCACUAAGCCGGUCGAAAUCGGUUUCCGCCAUGGGAGAGUACGCCGGAGGAUCCAUUAGAAAAUGGUGGGUCCAGAGCUGGGCAUGGAUCAUGUCCAGGAAACCCAUUUUUGCCCAGGAUCUGGAGAUGAACGAGGAAGAAACCAAAGUGCUUGGAUCCGACAACAGAGGAAGCUGGAGGCAUGUGUUCUACAAAGUCCGGUCGGAGCUCAAGAAACUCGUGGGCUCUGAUGUCGGAAGCCUGCCACAAACUUACAGGUACAAUUUUGACGAUGGGAGGACCAAAACCAAGAAAGUUUACGGCUGAGAUUUCAUGGAGGGGUCGGGUUGAAAAAUUAAUGGUGGUCUGAGGGUUCUCUGCAAUUUGUGGAAAGUUGAAGGAGUGGUUGGCAAAUGCAGACAUGGUUUGAUCCAACAAUGGAGAUUGCAGAGGUUGCUGCUUAUCAUCAUAAAAUUAGGGAGCAUUUUAUUGAUUAGUAAAUACUAAAUAUCAUGUUAUUAUUUUUAUUUUUUUAAUUACGAAGCAAUUAUUUUUGCAUACUCUCUCCUAUUAUUUGUAAGUGUUAAUUUAUGUGCUAGUUAAUUUAUAGUAAAUGAAUUAUUUAUAAAUUAGCUGUUAUUUCUU